CUACCUACGCCAUUGGCUCCGAUCCCGCCGCUGCCUCCAUGGUGAGAACCGUGGCCAGAAGAGGAGGAAGAGCACGACAACGGCGCCCCCGUCGUCCUCUCUCCUCGUCCUUAAUAGGUGUGCCGACACUCCUCUCCAUCUCCGACUGCUGCUACCGCGACACGGCGGUAUGGAUCUGACAUCUUCCGGCCAUCUCGACGCGGCAACCCUCGCCAUGGCCUUCGUUCUCCACUUAUUCGUCCCCUCAUCCGUGGCAGCUAGAUCUUGUAGGCCUCAAGCACCACCACCAACAGGAUCCAUGCGAGCGUACGACUGCUCCUCCACCGUCCCGUCACGUGUGUGGCCGACGUCCAACGGGCGAGACCGAGCUCCCCGAGCACCGCCACUUGAUGUGCAGGAGCUGCGGCCCCCACCAAGGAUGUGGACGCACGCAAGGCGGCCACUAGCGAACGAGGCCGCAUGGCGUCGUGCCUCCACGCUGCCGAGGGUGCACAGGGAGCGGCCACAUCAGUUGUAAGGAUGUACCUCCGUUUGCAUCAAGAGAAUGUUCCCCAUUUAAGGAUAAAUACUCCCUCUGUUCCUAUAUAGAAGCCCUUUAGAGAUUCCAAUAUGGGCUACAUAAGGAGGAAAAUGAGUGAAUCUCAUUCUAAAAUAUGUCUAUAUAUAUCUGUAUGUAGUCUCUAGGGACAUCUCAAAUAGGCUUAUGUUUAGAAACAGAGGGAGUAGAUGAUAGUACAUCAAGUGUCUUAAUUUUCAUACCACAACUAAUAUUUGAACUUUUGCUUUUCCCGAAACUCUCGGGUGUAGCAUGCGAGAUUUACAAAAUGGCUUGGGAGGUUAGAAUUGAUCUAUGCAUUGGAGUGUAACUGUAGUUGGACUAACCAUACACAGAUGGACAUUACAAUUUAAGACCUCAAAACAAUGGUCCAGCAAAUUCUUCCCCUGAUGUCAGCUUUUGUGGCUUGAGUAAGCAUCAACGGCAUCCCUAGACCCAACAAUAAUCACACAAGAGCAAUCAA